AUGUUUCUGUCUCUUCCUACGUUGACUGUCCUUAUUCCGCUGGUCUCGUUAGCAGGGCUGUUAUACUCGGCCUCCGUGGAAGAAAACUUCCCGCAGGGCUGCACUAGCACAAGCAGCCUGUGCUUUUACAGUCUGCUCUUGCCGGUCACCAUACCCGUGUAUGUGUUCUUCCACCUUUGGACUUGGAUGGGUAUUAAACUCUUCAGGCAUAAUUAAUACAACCAGAGCCAAGACGGUAUAUCCUAAGGAUAGGCUUGAGUGUCUGCCUCUGAAAGUUCAACUACAUGGAAAUACUGGACACCCACUUAACGUGCAAGAAAGAUGCUUUGCCUAGCUUCUGUUAGAGGUUUAGGAUUAGGGGAGGCUUAAGCUGCAGAGGCUUCUUUAUUGUACUUUGGUUCUGCCCUUGUUUUUUGAAGGUUCUUAUUUAUACCUGGGGUAUCAGGAGAAACAUUUCAAGAGUGUCUUGUUGGAAAUUAAUAGCCCCAGCCAUCAUCUGAUGACUUUAUGUCUUAUCCCAUUCAUAAUUAAAAGUUACUAAUUUGAAAUCUUUUAUGUUUAUUUUACAUUCAGAGUCUGGUAAAGUCAUAUGUUAAGGAUGACUGAAAUAAUUCCAGAGGAGCUCUGUUGGAGUAGUUGUAGAGAAAUGGAUUUGAAUUAAUGUGGUAUAAAACUGUAAUAAAAUGGAAACUUCAUGUA